UAGAAGAUUCCGGGAGGUGUUCGCGGAAAGUUGGUGCGCACCUGGAGGCUCCUAGAAGAUUCCGGACCCUUGGGACCAGAGCUCCCUCCAGUUUCUAAAGCAACCCCUUACGCACAGUGGAUUGAGGCGGUCCUAAGCGCUCCUGGCUCCAGGUUCACCUAGUCUGAUAACCAGAAAGUGAUUUUGUGGACGUCUCUCCUGAGCCUUACAGCCCCGAGGAGUUAGGACCCCCUUCUGUCUGUUACAGCCCCAACAAUCCAGCACAGAUUCUAGAAGACCUCACCUACUUUUACCCAGACCUCCCACUCUAUCCUGGGAGGCAUGACGCCUGUGCUUUGACAGCGGAGGCAAGCAGUGGCAUCAAGGAAAAAGGUGUGGAGGAUCCUCUCUGUAACUUCCACUCCUCGAACUUCCUGCGGACUCCAGAGGUGGAAAUGAGAGGUUCCGAGGAUGCGGCAGCUGGAACAGUGUUACAGCGGCUGAUCCAGGAACAACUGCGCUAUGGCACCCCGACCGAGAACAUGAACUUGCUGGCCAUUCAGCACCAGGCUGCAGGGAGUGCAGGACCAGCCCACACCACAAACAACUUUUCUUCCACGGAAACUCUCCCUCAAGAAGACCCACAAAUGGUCUACCAGUCAGCACGCCAAGAACCGCAGGGUCAAGAACACCAGGUGGACAAUACGGUGAUGGAGAAGCAGGUCCGGUCCACACAACCUCAGCAGAACAAUGAGGAGCUGCCCACGUAUGAAGAGGCCAAAGCCCAGUCACAGUUCUUCAGGGGACAACAGCAGCAGCAACAGCAGCAGCAACAGCAACAGCAGCAGCAGCAGCAGCAGCAACAGCAGCCCCAGGGGCCCCUGGGCCAUGGUUACUACAUGGCUGGGGGUAGCAGUCAGAAGUCCCGCACAGAGGGGAGGCCCACGGUGAACAGGGCCAACAGUGGACAGGCGCAUAAGGAUGAGGCACUGAAAGAACUGAAACAGGGCCAUGUCCGCUCCCUCAGUGAGAGGAUCAUGCAGCUGUCACUGGAGAGGAAUGGGGUCAAGCAGCACCACCCUGGCCCUGGGAGUGGAAAGGGGUUCAAAGCGAGUGGGGGGCCCUCCCCAGCCCAGCCUACCAGUAAAGCGCUGGACCCUCGUGGUCCUCCUCCCGAGUAUCCCUUUAAGACCAAGCAAGUGAUGUCUCCGGUGAGCAAGAACCAGGACCACGGACUUUACUACAGUGACCAGCACCCUGGUGUGCUCCAUGAGAUGGUUAGGCCUUACCCUGCUCCCCAGCCUGCGAGAACAGAAGUGGCCGUCCUGAGGUACCAGCCACCCCCUGAGUAUGGGGUUACCAGCCGCCCAUGCCAGCUUCCGUUCCCAUCUACAGUACAGCAGCACAGCCCCAUGUCCUCGCAGACCUCCUCCAUCAGCGGGCCUCUGCACCCAGUCUCCUUGCCGCUCCCACUUCCCAUGGCCCUGGCGGCUCCACAACCCCCACCGUCCUCCCCAAGUCAGCAGCUCGGACCAGACGCCUUUGCGAUUGUGGAGCGAGCCCAGCAGAUGGUGGAGAUACUCACAGAGGAGAAUCGCGCACUUCACCAGGAGCUGCAAGGCUACUAUGACAAUGCUGACAAGCUCCACAAGUUUGAAAAAGAACUCCAGAGGAUUUCAGAAGCCUAUGAGAGUCUGGUUAAGUCCACCACAAAGCGGGAGUCACUGGACAAAGCGAUGAGGAACAAGUUGGAAGGAGAGAUUAGAAGACUUCAUGAUUUCAACAGAGACCUCCGAGAUCGACUGGAGACAGCCAACAGGCAACUGUCCAGCAGAGACCACGAUGGGCACGAAGACAAAGCUGCGGGGGGGCAUUGCGCACUCCAAAACAGAGAAUUCUUGAAGGAAAAAGAGAAGCUGGAAAUGGAGUUAGCUGCAGUGCGGACUGCGAGCGAGGACCAUCGGAGACACAUAGAGAUCCUGGACCAGGCUUUGAGUAACGCCCAGGCCAGGGUGAUCAAGCUGGAAGAGGAGCUACGAGAAAAGCAAGCCUAUGUGGAGAAAGUUGAGAAGCUUCAGCAGGCAUUGACCCAGCUGCAGUCGGCAUGUGAGAAGCGAGAGCAGAUGGAGCGCAGGCUGCGGACCUGGCUGGAGAGGGAAUUGGAUGCACUGAGGACCCAGCAGAAACAUGGCAAUGGGCAGCCAGCCAGCGUGCCAGAAUAUAAUGCCCCAGCCCUCAUGGAACUUGUGCGGGAGAAGGAGGAGCGAAUCUUGGCUCUGGAGGCUGACAUGACCAAAUGGGAGCAGAAGUACCUGGAGGAGAGCACCAUCCGACACUUUGCCAUGAGCGCUGCAGCCACUGCUGCAGCUGAGAGGGACACCACGAUCAUCAACCACUCGAGAAAUGGCAGCUAUGGUGAGAACUCUCUGGAGACCCACAUCUGGCAGGACGAGGAGGAGGUGGUGCAGGCGAACAGGAGGUGCCAGGACAUGGAGUACACCAUCAAAAACCUCCAUGCCAAAAUCAUAGAGAAAGAUGCCAUGAUAAAGGUCCUUCAGCAGCGAUCUCGUAAAGAUGCAGGGAAGACAGACUCCUCCAGCCUGAGGCCCGCCCGCUCCGUGCCCUCCAUCACCUCAGCCACUGGGACACACUCCCGACAGGCCUCUCUUACCAGCAGCCAGCUGGCCGAAGAGAAGAAGGAGGAGAAGCCCUGGAAAGGGAGCAUAGGGUUGCUGCUUGGGAAGGAGCACCAUGAACAUGCUUCUGUCCCCUUGCUGGUGAGCUCACCUGCCUCUGCACUGUCCCCGCCGGUUCCUGCAACUCCGACCAGUAGUACCCAUGCCAAGACAGGCAGCAAGGACAGCAGCACACAGACCGACAAGAGCACUGAGCUCUUCUGGCCCAACAUGGCCUCCCUUCCCAACCGCAGCAGGCUGAGUGCCACCCCUUCCAACAGCCCGAUCCUGAAACACCCAGUGGCCAAAGGGACCAUGGAGAAACUAGAGAACUCUCCUGGCCAUGGAAAGUCAGUGGACCACAGAGGCCGCGUCAGCUGUUUGCUGCACAAGCCCGAGUUCCCAGAUGGAGAUAUGAUGGAAGUGCUCAUCUAACUGCCUUCCCUUUUCAUACCACAGUGUUGACAAAGAAGAAAAGAGGCAGAGAGGGAGAAGAAAGAUUGAGAAAGGUAGCAGAUGUGAAACCAGGAAUGAUGUGAACUGACAGGUUUCAGAUUCAUAAUAACCAUUUCUGUAAAUGUGACACAAACACACACCUACAUGACUGCGAGUAAAGCGAACACUAUGGAGUUUUAUUACAGAUGGUGGAAGAGGUGAUGCAUGUAGGUUGGGAACCGAGUUAAGAAGAAAUAGUAAAUGAGUAAAGAAGAAAUAGUAAAUGGCAUUUUUCAUUGUAGAGAAAUUGUAUGUGUUGGGGAGGCUCUGUGUUCCCCUGUUCUCAGGUUACAAACAGAUAAAUCAUAACAUGGACCUUCUUGGAAUAGCCCCAUUUUCCUUGUCUCUUAGCAUGUUUUGUUUAAGAAGAUCUUGCUAACAAUUUCUGGAACCCAACUUGGCAUAAUGCAGUAUGACUAUGCCAUCACGGAGCAUUGUGUGUGUGUGUGUGUGUGUGUGUGUGUGUGUGUGUGUGUGUGUGUGUAUAGCAUCCAGUGGUGACAGAGAAAUUCCUCAGGCAGUCUCUUCACCAUUGUACCUGUUUGUUUGCGUUUUGAGACAAGCAUAGUGUUUCUUCACUUUUCUGGAUUCAGUGAUAAUUUGUAAACAGUAUGGGAGCGUGAUGACCUUGGUUUUCAUCUACCAUCACUUCUCCAAGUUUAUCUGCCUGCUCUCUUUUGUUUAAUUUUAUUUUGUUGUUGGUGGUCCUUAUUUUGUUUUCUUGUGUUUAAUAAGACAGAAGAGUCCCUUAAGUGUGAGAGUUAGGAGAACUGCCAUUGUUCCUGCCUUGCCCAGCAGGAUAGAGUCACUUGCUGGCUUCCUGGCCGCUUCCUCGCUGAUUGGGCCACAGCUGUUAUCUUCAUUCUGCCUGAGCUAUGGAAGCUUGGGUGAGGCUCAUGAUUGCAUGGGUCACUGUCAUCUUGCAUCAAGGUCAUGGUACUGGUCUCAGUGUCUCUCCCAUCAGCUCCCUUGGAAGGAGCUUGGUAGUUCCAUCCCAUUGCCCUGUUGGAUGGAGACACUCAGAAUGAUGCUUCGGGAAACUGAGGACAGUGCAUACAUAACUGGCUGGGUGGCAUCCGUAAUCUCACCGUGCCCCCUGGACCUUUGUCUUGCAUGUGGGGUUUGAUAGCCUGUUCACCCCCACCCCACCUGGGCUUGGCCCUGACUGCUGAUGAUGAGCACACAGGCUUCUCUGCUCACUUCUUUGCCAUUAACUUGCUUCGUAGCUUAUCAGGCCAGUAAAUACACAGUGUGGUCAGGUUUUUUAAGGUUUUACAUGGAAAAUAAUUUACUCAAAGUGAGGCAGAAACGCAGUGGGAAUGAGCAGGCCCAAAUAAAUGGGGCGGGGAGAUGGGAAUCUCUGAAGCCUCUGCUGGGACUGUUUUUUUCGCAUACAUGGCUAUAAACACUGAAUUCCAGUACAAGUACAGGAAGUACUGGCUUGGGAAAGAGGUGAAGCUAGUCAGGUGGCCCUGAAAGAUCCCGAAUCAUCUACCAGAUCAGAGGGAUCUGUGUUUCCCAGGCCCUUUCCUCAGACCUAUUUUAGGAAAAGGGAAGAGAGAGUUCUAGCUCUGUGACUAUAAAGUCCCCCGUAAAUGCCACACAGAAGACACCAUGCUCGGAAAGCUUGGUAUAGGUCAUUUAUUCCAGGACUGGUGGUUGGAGGGUUACAAACACCCUUGUAGCAAUACAGCCUUCCCAAGCUGCCUUGGGGAAGGAUGGCAAGAGGUGUCAGCUGCAAAGGAGGUAGGAAAUCAGCUCCAUUGACCAGUACACCUCUGAGCCUUCCCUCAGAUCAGAUGGGAUCUCCUUAGCUCUGCCCGCGGAGGUUGGUGCUACCUGGCUUCUCUUUACAUUUUCUCAUCUCAUAGUGAGCAGAGGGGUAUUUAAAGAAGUAGAAACCAAGGGAGCUCUGAGACUCUGAGUUCCAAACUUGCAAGUGUCUUGUUGUGUGGGAAGUCUCAGUGGGAGAGGGGCUAAAUAUAGAUAUAUAAGUUCCCCCUACCUUUUGCAAGGAUGAAGUAAGUUCCACUGAUGGAAACUUCUCUUAGGGCAUGCACACUGCCUCCUGCUGGUGCUGCAUAUGAACUAGAAAUAGAAAGUAAAUGUGCAGAGAUGGAAAACAGGUUUGCUUUUCCAGCCCCACUUCUAAUGUCUCUGCCAACCCGUUUAAGCUGGCUCCCCACCAGUGGGUAAAGGCAGUGUCACAGUCCAGUUCAUCCUGAAGCCUGCUCUCAUAGGCUGGCACAUCAGCACACUAUGACAGGAACACUCUCUGCUGUAGGUCCCUCUGCAUUGGCAAGUAUUGCAGUUGUCAGAGCACCUGGGAAACACAGCUAUUUUUCAGGCUCCAAUGACAAUGUUAGAGUGGCUUUGUCCAUCUGGUAUUCUUGCUAAUCUGCCUUGAGGAAAGGGCUCCUGUCAAAUCGCUUCUUUUAUAGGAGUUCGUCCAGGCCAGAAGCUUGGCUUACUAGAGAUAAUGGGUUGCAGGCUCUGAACAGCCACUUUGAGGUCUGAGUAGUUCACAGAAUAUGAUCUGACUCUGAAAAGAACAAUGCCAUGUAGAUUUUCUGUAGUAUUCAUUAUAUGCAAGGACUAUAGUAAGUACAUUUUGACUAGUCCCCAAAGCCCUAGAGGAGCAAGGCCAAGUUUAGUCAUGUGAUUAAACAGAUACAGCAACUAGGCUCAGCUGACUGUGUCCCCUCUGAAAGCCUCAGUGCCCCAAGAAGCUAGGGCUUAAAACAAAGGCUCAGAAGAGAAGUCUGAACCACAGGCUGCACAUCCUUGAACAUGACAUGCAGUGUAAUGCCUCGGCACUCUGUGGCCCGUUGUCAUAUGUGUGCGCACACACAAGCUACUACAUCUCUAGGGACACAAGAAAUAGAACAAAGCCUAGAGCUCCUGUAAUUACCCAUCCAUACUAGGCAGGGAUGGAAGUGUUUGUGCUCUUGCCUAAGCACAACUUCAAAGUACACCCAGAAGUUACUGCCUCAUUGUCUUGAGACUUAGUCUUCAGACUUUGCCAGGAGCAUCUGAUCCCGAACUUGAGUGUUCUAUCUCAGGGAGGAAUGGUAAAGUCUUUGGGUUCGAGGGAAAAUUGGCAAGCAUAAUCCUGCCUUAUCCCUGAGUAGGCUGUGUGGUGAUGUCGGCAUGCUGCAGGGUGAAGUUGCUGAAGUCAGAUCUCUAAAAGCGCAGUUUAACCAAGUAGAUCAUCGCUGUUAGAGCUGCCGGAGGGAAAAUAUUCUCUGCCAAACAUUUCAGAGUAUUGAAGAGCAUUUAGAUUGUCCCUUUUUUUUCCCAGAAGCUGGUAGCCAAUGGCCAUGUGGAGAUCAUCAUGUUCCCACUAUGCCCACAGGGCAAGGCUUCCCCAGUCCUCUCCAACUUCAACUGGUGUUAGAAAGCCAUGCAGCCCCUUGCUGCUUCAGCUCUGCAAAGGCUGCCCUUUGGAAUGUGUGUGUUUGACUAUGCAGGGCUGUCAGUGGGUAUCAAGAUGGUUGCUCCCAGUGAGGUUUGAGUUCAGAACAAGGAUUUCGUGGUUCUGAUGACCAGGAAGGAAGUCCUUAGUGGGUCCCCUUCAGAGAAGUAGGUUGGUGCCAGCCACCUGUUCCCCCAUGAUGCAGUGGCUGAAACCUGGUCAUGCUAAGUAUUGGUGGGCUGAGAAACACUCCUCCCUGCACAGUCUGUUGUGUCCCAGAGACUUGUGUGGAGAGUAACAUGAUGCUUGGGUCCUGGGAGUCAGUGAAGAAGAAAGGGGGUUUGGAAAGAUUUUAAGACAGGCAGCUCACAAGUAGACUGCCCAGAGCUGUGCUGAGCCAGAAGUUGCAUUCUCCCAAACCAAGAACACCAGGGUCCCACCCCAGCUUCUCACAUUAGAUCCUGUCUGCAUCUGAGCAGAUAGCUGUGUUCUUUCUAUGAUCCUGCACUCCCAAGCAAAGCUAUUGGAAGGGCGAGCUCAUGAAUGUUCAAGUUGGUAAAGACAGAGCAUGACCAGUCCACCAAAGUGGAGAUGGCUGUGGUCUAUCUGCUUUAUGAAUGUUGGCUGUCUUUUCUUCUUAUUCUUCUUUUCAUUUUAUUGAUAUGUUUAAAAUGUAUUCAUUUGAUGAGAGGAAUGUUUAGUGGAUUUUCUCUGAUGUGUGGCUCCUGGCAAAAAGGGCAGAAUAAUUAAGAAGUUGCCAGAUGCUGGUUAGCCAAGAGUAUGCAAUGGUCAGCAUUUCAGUAAAUGAACUUCUUGUGGAAUUAGUGAGUAAUAUUUUCCCUCUUUAAGUAGUCUACCCUUUUCUCAUUUAGUAAUUUAAUGGUAUAUUAUGAUGUGUGUGUGUCAUACAUACAUACAUACAUAUGUACAUACAGGCAUACACAUACAUACAUAUAAGUACGUACAUAUGAGGUAAAAUUUCUUUUCUCAAUAUCUAGAAAAUCCAAGUGUUUUACCCCACCUUGUCUUCCUUCAUGUGGGUGAGAGAUUUGGGAUUAUUCCAGAACAUUCCACAAUCAGCUCGUCAAACAUUUGAAAAUCUCUAUAAAAUUGGCCUUCAGGUUCUGGCAUGUUCCUCUGAUUCAAGACAAAAAGAAAACAAAACAAGAACAAACAAACCUUUGUGUUUUGAGGAUUUUUAGUUUUGGGAACAAUCCCAAGUUGUUCACAGCACAGUUGAAUGAAUACAGAUGGCAAUUAAGACAACACAAAAAUUCCUAAGAAGUGUCUUUGAACAAAUCUUCAGAUUCAGAGCCUCUGAACACACCAUUUGAGAAUGGAGGAUACUUGUUAGUACACACAGCUCGGGGGGUUCACUUACAAAAUCACUCCUCUUGCCAUACCUCAUAUGUGUUUACAGCUCUGCUUAUACUACAUGCUAAGUGCAUAUUCUUCCAUAUGAACACCAGGUAGGUAUUGUGUAAAACAGAGACAUACUUAAGUGCAUGUUAUCGUCAUUAUGUUGUGACUGAGGUUGUAUGUCUUUGUUGAAACUGCUUCCUCACAUAAUGAAGUACUACCCUCUAUAUAAGGCAGUGCAUAUACAGCUUUUUCUUGCAUUAGCUCCUAAUGUUUUGCUGCCCAGUGCCAUGUUUACAUGUGAUUUUCCCCUAGGAUUCUGUUCUCAGAUACACACCUGGGAGUAUUUAUUGCAAGGCAGAAUGGGAAGAGAGCAUGCGCAGCUGUUUUAUUUGAAUAAGAUGUCCUUCCCUUCUGAGGAGAGAUGGUCGAGCCUCCUUGGCAAGACUCAGAACCAGUGUCAAAUUCUGCAAAGCAGGGGCCAACACAGGCACUCAAGUGCAGCCCACUCUUGAGAGUCACGAGGCCACUGUCCUUCCUGCCUGCAUGUGUGUUGCUGUGUUGGGUGCAGGUGCCACACUUCCAACAUGCUCUGGUAUCUGCGUAGCCUUUGGCAUCUUCUUGAUGCAGGUCUGAUUUGUGGGGUGGUACACAGAAGUGUACCGCCAGUGGUGUGUGUGUGUGCAGACGGGGGAGUAAAAGAACACCCAGGUCCCCACCCUCAGUGAACAUAGAUACUAUUAUUCUGCCAAAGACUUUCCUAUUCUUUGCUGCUUAAUCUUGUGCCUUAAUAUUGUAUGUAAUAAAUGGAUAAAAUAGCAACAAGA